UUUCGACUUCGAACGGUUACUUUCUACGGCGAAAACGGGCCCUUUGCAAGCCGCACGUGAUGGACAAGAUUCCCGGAAGUUGUCACCGAUAUGACUUCGGUAUCUCAGAAGAGAAGCCAUGGAGGUGCACGUCAAGGGGCAGGACGUCGCCGCAAGUGCACAACAAGUGUUAUGAAGACUAUUAAACUGUCGCAAGACAUCUAUAGUAGGCUUUGGCGAUUAAAGGUUCAGUGGCAGGUGUCGUCUUUUGGAGAGCUUGCUGGUUUACUUCUGGUAUUCGUUGAGUCCUGCAGUUGCCAAAGACAUGAAGCACCUGAAUCUGAAGACUCCUUACCAUCUAAGCGAAUAAGAACUGAUGAUUCAAGAGAGUAUGAAGGUGUACUAAAUCUCUGCUCUACACCCAACCAGGUGAGACAAGGAAGACAACGGUUUGCCACACGUCUGAGUCCUAUCAGUCAGAAAUGGUAAAAUAUAUUUUAGAUGACAAUUUACGUUCUUGCCCACGAUAUUGUAUUAGUGAUCGAGGCAAUAGCUCAUAUAUUUUGAAGAUUGCUGCUUCUCGAUUGU